AUGGAAGAUCCAGUUCUUUUAGAAUCUUCAGUCAAUAGUAUUUUAUCCAGAAUAAAUAGUAAACAUCAAGAAGAUCCUGAUGUUUAUCUAAAAUUAAAGAAAUUAGAAAAAGAAUUGGAAUUAUUAAAAUUACAAGAGGAAUAUAUUAAAGAUGAACAACGUCAUUUAAAAAGAGAAUUAGUAAGGGCACAAGAAGAAGUCAAAAGAAUCAAAUCAGUUCCAUUAGUAAUUGGACAAUUCUUAGAACCAAUUGAUGAAAAUACUGGUAUUGUAUCAUCAACCACUGGUUCAAAUUAUGUUGUUCGUAUUUUAUCAACAUUAGAUCGUGAAUUAUUAAAACCUUCAAGUUCGGUUGCAUUACAUCGUCAUUCCAAUGCUCUUGUUGAUAUCUUACCCCCAGAAGCUGAUUCUUCUAUUUCUAUAGUUGGAGAAGAUCAAAAACCUGAUGUUACAUAUGCAGAUGUUGGUGGAUUGGAUAUGCAAAAGCAAGAAAUUAGAGAAGCUGUUGAAUUACCUUUAACUCAAGGAGAAUUAUAUUCACAAAUUGGUAUCGAUCCACCUAGAGGUGUUUUAUUAUAUGGUCCUCCAGGUACUGGUAAGACCAUGUUAGUUAAGGCAGUUGCUAAUUCUACUACUGCAUCUUUUAUUAGAAUUAAUGGAUCAGAAUUUGUUCAGAAAUAUCUUGGUGAAGGUCCAAGAAUGGUUAGAGAUGUCUUUAGGUUAGCUAGAGAAAAUUCCCCUGCUAUUAUAUUUAUUGAUGAAAUUGAUGCUAUCGCCACGAAAAGAUUUGAUGCCCAAACUGGUGCUGAUAGAGAAGUUCAAAGAAUUUUAUUGGAAUUAUUAAAUCAGAUGGAUGGAUUUGAUCAACAAUCAACCGUGAAAGUGAUUAUGGCUACUAAUAGAGCUGAUACUCUAGAUCCUGCAUUAUUAAGACCUGGUAGAUUGGAUAGAAAGAUUGAAUUCCCAAGCUUGAAAGAUAGACGAGAAAGAAGAUUGAUUUUCUCUACAAUUGCUUCCAAGAUGUCACUUGCACCUGAAGCAGAUUUGGAUUCUUUGAUUAUUAGAAAUGAUCCAUUAUCAGGAGCGGUUAUUGCGGCUAUUAUGCAAGAAGCUGGUUUAAGAGCAGUUAGAAAGAAUAGAUAUAUGAUCUUACAAAGUGAUUUGGAAGAAGCUUAUACUUCUCAAGUAAAGACUGGUACCGAACAUGAUAAAUUUGAUUUCUAUAAGUAA